CUCUUCCCUCGGCUUCGGCGUCAGGACUGUGAGGCCCGCAACUGGCUCUCCUCGCCCUCCGCAUUCUCUUCGCUGAGGGAAAAAGAGAUUUAUCUUGUCUAGUACUAUAAGAGUGGGAAAGAAACUCAAUCAAGAGGAUGAGUGAACUGGAGCAGUUACGGCAGGAGGCAGAGCAACUCCGGAAUCAAAUCAGAGAUGCUAGAAAAGCAUGUAGUGACACAACUCUUGCUCAGAUCACUGCAAGUCUAGAUUCAGUGGGUCGAAUCCAGAUGCGCACAAGACGUACCCUGAGAGGACAUUUAGCUAAAAUUUAUGCCAUGCAUUGGGGAUCUGAUUCAAGGCUACUAGUGAGCGCUUCCCAAGAUGGAAAAUUAAUUAUUUGGGAUAGUUAUACAACAAACAAGAUGCAUGCCAUCCCUUUGAGAUCUUCCUGGGUCAUGACCUGUGCCUACGCACCGUCUGGCAAUUACGUCGCGUGUGGUGGAUUGGACAACAUCUGCUCUAUAUACAACCUGAAAACAAGAGAGGGCAACGUACGAGUGAGCCGAGAGCUACCCGGCCAUACUGGGUAUUUGUCCUGUUGUCGCUUUCUAGAUGACAACCAAAUAGUCACAAGCUCAGGAGACACCACCUGUGCUUUGUGGGAUAUUGAGACUGGCCAACAGACGACCGCUUUUACUGGACAUACUGGAGAUGUAAUGAGUCUCUCUCUAAGUCCAGACAUGAGCACUUUUGUUUCGGGUGCCUGUGAUGCAUCAUCCAAGCUCUGGGAUAUUCGAGAUGGGAUGUGCAGGCAGUCAUUCACGGGUCAUGUGUCUGACAUCAAUGCAGUGUGUUUUUUCCCCAAUGGCCAUGCGUUUGCCACUGGCUCUGAUGAUGCUACCUGUCGGCUGUUUGAUCUGCGAGCGGACCAGGAACUCAUGAUGUAUUCCCAUGACAACAUCAUUUGUGGGAUCACAUCAGUAGCCUUCUCAAAGAGUGGCCGCCUCUUAUUGGCAGGUUACGAUGAUUUCAACUGCAACGUCUGGGACACCCUGAAAGGAGAACGUGCAGGUGUUCUUGCUGGCCAUGACAACCGAGUCAGCUGCUUAGGUGUUACUGAUGAUGGCAUGGCAGUAGCUACGGGGUCUUGGGACAGUUUUCUCAGAAUCUGGAAUUAAUCUGGCAGCUGAAACACACACACACACACACACACAGAUUAGACACGCACACCUUCUCCACUGAGAUCUGGAGAGAUCAAUGCUGCAGCCUAUUGCUGUGAAAUAACAUUUCUACCUUGUAUUUACAGGUGAAGUUUUUUUACUCGCUGAUUAUUGCAUAAAUAGGCUUCCUGUAAAUGAAGUUUAAAAAAAUCAAGUGAAGUGAUGGGUGGGAGAAAUUGGUGACUUUUUUUUUCCUUCAAAGAAAAAAAAGUGAAGGUUAGCACAUGUAUUCAUGGUGACAGAAGCUAAAAGAGCCGGGCCGUCUUACGUUUGGUUUGGCUGCGUUGUCCUGGAGGGAUCUCUGCUUGUGCCCCAGUCCUGCUAAUUCUGUACCUUUUGUACAUAACUGAAUAUACACAUAGCAGCCAAUCAUGUAACAUUUUGUCUGUAAGUAAAGAAAUAAUGUUUGCAUUUUUUUAAGAAACUGCAUUUAUAUAGCUAUACAUUUAACCUGAGAUGUCUCCUCCUGAGUUCCACAGUGGAUCAACUAGAUUGCUGUUUUAAAUGUGUCUUUUUAAUUUUCUGGUGACUUUACUGUAGAUAAAGUGUGAAGUUGAUGAGCUGUUUGUGGAUUUUAUAACAGAAGGUGUUUGAAUUAUUGCUUGAUCUGUUUUUGAUUUUGUGUCCGUUUAAAAAGAAACCAACAAACCCCAAUGACUCCUUGCGACACCUAGCGCCUUACUUGCUUGCUGACCUAUUUAUUUAAAUAUGGGGUUUGUUCCCUCAGUGCCAGCAGAUCCUGGUCAGUUGUUGGCAGCUAGGGGCUCCAAGCACCAAGGCGCUAAAUAGGUCAUCAGAUGCACCCUACAAAAAUAAGAACUGAAAAUUUUGGGUGUCCAGAUUUUGAGCUUCCAGCAGCCUCUAAUGUGACUUGACUCAGCAUGUAUGUUGAGGGGACAGGCAUUGCUCUUGCUAAAUGGCUGAGCCAAUUAAUGAUGGCUAUAGAGAGAGAGAGAGAGAAGAGUUGUAGUUGUAAGGAAGUUUCUAACCUAUAAUAUAACUGGCCUGUUCUGGCUGGUGUGAUGUUGAAUUUAGAGCCACUUCUAGUGAAGCCUCUUGGUAUGUUGUUUAUGGGACUGUACCACUCCAAAUCCAGGUUGGCCAUAGUUUGUUUUGAUUGCAUCUCCCCUACAUUAAAAUUCUCUCAUAUAUGCAGAGGUGAAUGGGGUUCAGGUAGAAAACAUCUCCUUGGUAUACUAGUUUUCCACAUGCAGAGAAAUGUUAAAGUAUGAGUAUAUCCAGCUGAACUGUUCUCCCACCCUGUAACUUUUGUGGUAGUACAGUCUUAUGAGGUCUCUAGCAUAUGCCCCAUCGUUUGAAUUGGGUCUUGAAACCUUUGAUUCAGUUACACCAGUCAGCUACUACAGGAAACACUGAAAGUUCAUUCUAAUACUGCCAAGUUACACAGUGGGUUACCCAGACAUUCCUCAGCAGAACAGAGUUGCCUUUUGUAUUUGUGAAUGUGUGUGUGUGAGAGAAACUGCAUCACAUGACAGCAUUAACUAGGGAAUUGCCUUCCCCAUCUUCAUCUUUCUUUAGAAUGUUGUUUCCCAGUUUUAAGAUCCUGAACCAUUAAUUACUGUAGCCUCAGCAUUUUAUUGAGAGCCAGGUGUUGUAGGGGGCCAUUGCAGUGAACCAAGAACUGCAACUUGAAUUCCCAGUCUCUUAAAUUUUUGUAUAAAAUGAAGAUCAUCCUGCAAUGGCUCAGAAAAACUGUCCUGUUCACAAAAGUAUAGUUACGGGCUGGUUAGAAAUAGGUUUUUUUUUUAAUCACUGAAAUCAAUAUUUGCUGCUGGUAAAAAUGUACCUGUGCUUAUAGAAGAUAUUAAGUGAAUCUGACCCUUUUGGAAGUAUUUGGGAAUUGACAUGGGAGAUAGAUCUAGUCCUUAGACAUCCACGGAAGUUAAACUUUUUCAUGUAUAUGUCCCCUUCUCAAAGUGUCUAAAAAGAAAGAGUACUUUUUAAAAUAACCCGUUUCUGUAGUAAACAUCAGUAGCUGUCAGUAUGUUAAAACAUUUGUUACUAAACCAUCUGUUUUGUCAAUUUAAACCAAUUAGCCCUAAUUUCUGCCAUUUCAGUUUGCCCGUCUACAGUGGUAAAAGUGCCAAUUCAUGUGCCAAGCACAGGAGAUUUAGGAGCUGUAAAAAAGAACCCUUUAGUAUUCCCCCUUAACGUGUGAAGAGGCUUGUUUCUGCCAAAACAAAUACAUGUGAAGGACCUAAUUCAUAAGCACAGAGCAGUAUUUUGAUUUUUAUGUGGACCACUGUUCAGAACCAGUAUUGAUGUUACCUGGCUUGGAUAGUGGUCACACAGUGUUUCAGAAUUUAUUGAUAAUCUUGACGGUUAUUUUAGUUCAGAUUGAUGGUGAGGCAGUCACUCUGAAUUUUGCAGGAUGCACUUCUAACACACACACACACACACACACACACACACACACACACACACACACACACACACACACACCUGCUGCUGACAGUCUUUUAUAACAAACACAGCCACCUUUCGGAAUGACCUUAACACGACCCUAUGCCAAUAAGAAGAAUGUGACCCUUGAAUAGAAAAUGCAGUGCAGUAGCACUAGCAACAGAAAAUUUUGAAAUUAAAAUUGGAUGGUUCAUUAAGGCAAACAAGCUGGCAGAUGUUAUACAGCCUUUUGGAAUUUUAGAAAUAUGCCUGUUUUGCUUUGGACUCGUUUAGAGAUAACCGUUUGCAUCCAUGUGUUAGUUUUUGGAACGACACUCGUGUCAAUGAAGCUGUAAGCAAUGGCUGGAUUUCUGUCCUGUCCUAGGACCCUAACUGCAAAUUGUGAGAAUUAACUGAUAAGUGUGUGUGCGUGCGUGCGUGUGCACUUGAGAGUGCCUCUAGAGCAAAUCUGUCAUAGAAACGGUUGCAUCUGAAAUGGGAAAACAGCUACAUUCUUUGCUCUUUCCUUUCACCUAUGUGCUUUACAACAGUUCAUCAGCUUGUUAAUCCCAGGGCAGUUGUUCUUUUUAGCAUGUGUGUACAUUCUACAUGGCUGAGAACAACUGCACACCUGUUGAGAUUUGAUGGUAAAUGUGCAUCUAUGUAGAUGUUUUGGCUCCAUUUCACAAAAUGCACAUUGACAGAUACCUGAUGCUUCCUUUACAGGGAAUGUGGCAUCCCUUAGUGUGAUAGACCACCCCUACUUAUUUAGCUACAUACUAGUACCUGAUGUACUGGACCUUGUAGAUUUAGCACCAUUCACAUUGUAUACAACCUGAAGCACAAUCUUUGAAAAAUGGGAUCUAUAUCAGUGCAUAGUUGUCAUCUUGUUUAUGUUCCACGCAAGAACUACUAUAUAGUGUUGCAGUGGGUUUCAAGCUGUAGGCUAUUGAUCUUAAACCAACAAAAGGUUAUUGCUACAGUAAUGUAGAAUUACUCUUCCACGAACACAAGCAACAUGGGUUACUUGAAAAUUGACCUGCCUAUUGGGGUUCAAGUAGCUGAGAUAGGUUUGCCAAAGUUUGCUACUUGAGAAGCACCUACUGAACCUGAAGUGUCUGCAUUGGAAAUGCAGGCCUCUCCCCAGGGAAUACUAAUUCUUUCCUAUGUUCUUGGCUGGUCUCUGUGUUACUCAACGUAGGGAUUGUCAUCCCCGUGGUCAUAUUGUUUAGUACAAUUUCACCACAUGUGUUUGCCUUCCAGUGACUGUCAACAAUGUGUAGCCACAGUGGAAAUGCUGGUUGUUGGCAACCUGGUGGUGGUGGUGAGGAAACUCACGGUAGGGUGGCUCUGACUGAAGUGAGUUGUAUUAUAUCUGGCUGGGGAAGGAGGAUUUGUCAUGUGGAUGCCAACAGCUGUGAUGAGUUUAAUGUAUAUAGGCCAUAUCAUGUUAAGAUAAAUCAGAGCUUUCUGCAUUAUGCAUGUCCCCUUUGUUAGCUCCAAGCCUGGUGCUCUCCACCUAAAAUACCUUGAAUUUUUCAGGGUUGAUUGUCCUUAGAAAACAUUCUGGCAUCCCUUGAUGUAUCUCCAAAUUCCAAUUUAGCCAUUUCUCUAAAAAGUGUGACUGAACAAGGCUUGGGAUGAGUUGCAUUUUGGAGAGUAACACUUGCUGUUUCUGAAACUUUGGCCCACAGCAAAAAUCCGUGUUGGUUUAGAAUAUAGGCAGAACAUCCAGCGAGAGAGGGAGUUCUUUUUUCUUCCCCUCCCGUUUCCCCCCAGAUUUUGUGUGUUAUGCAGAUGUGAAUGUGACUCGAGAGGUAAUCAGUUGUUUGGUGUGGGAGUGAUUGGCAGUACCAUGACCAGUAUAUGUAACAAAGCUGGGAUUGAUGGUGCCGAAGAAUGAAAAUAGGCAACUAUUUAAUAAGUGGUGUUUAAACACAUUCCAUAUGGCGGCUCAAAAGGCUGGAAAAGCCGAGCCAGGCCACACAAAACCUCUAGUUCUCUGUGGCUGCAAUAGGGUUCUCUGUGUGACCAGUCUACAGAUCACAAAUUCCCCCUGUUGGUGGAAUCCAAAGCCCUGCAUGCUUACUGGGUCUUUUCAGUGUUUUCUCCCCAGCACCAGUUCUCAUUGCAGCCCCUCUUGCCUCCUGGAAAAGUUACCCUCCCUGAAGGCGGGAGUCUCUUGAGUAGCAUUGCUGCAGCUGGAAGGGUUCAAUCAACCCCUCCAUGCAUACAUGGAACCACCUUAGGCCCAUGUGCAGCCCACGUUUGGAUCCUGGCCAUUGCUUAGAAAUGCCAGGUAACUGUUCUUGACCUUGGAAAUGGGUGUCUCUGUGUUACCCCCUCCUACCUUAAGCUGACACUCAUGCUGCCCAAGUAAUUUCUUCCACAUAUGAGGCACUGCAAGUCUCUUUUUUUUCCCUUUUAAGUCAACUAUUGUAUAAAAUACAUGCAAGACUGUUAAAUGCUCAGUGAUGUUAUGGUGAGUCCGUGAACAGUGUUACUAAUGACUUAUAAAUGAUAAGAUUUUUUUUAAAAAAAUGUGCCUGACCUUCCUUGUGCCACACAAUGUUUGGUUUUUGACUAAUAUGGGCAUCUUAGAGAUAUUUCAAGCCUUUGUUUUUACAACACAAUGGUGCUCUCUUUGUUUCCUCCUCACCGCGACACACCUCCACCUGUGUAUACUUGCAUCUUCACUCAAUGGAACUGCAUCCGAUUGUUUUCAGAAAUGGGUGGUCUUUUUACUUUCGCUCUUACUACUGACUUAUUCCAACUUUUCACAUCCAGGAUGUGUGUGUGUGCAUGGUGGGUUGUGUUCUUUGCUUUAUUUUUUACCUUCACUUAUUUCCAGCUUCUUCUGAGGAAAACCUUCCAAAACAUUUCCAGGUACCAAGUGAUUCUGCACUGCCUUUUGGAUUGUGUAUUCAGAAAGUCUUAAAUUGUUUUAUUUAACCGAAUUAAAAACAAAGAACCCAGGGAGACUUGUGCCAUUUUGUUCUUUAACAGUGCUGUUGUAUAAAAACUUCCCUGUGGAAAAAAAAUCACUUGCUAUGAAUUGUUUAUAGUUCCCCCCCACCCCCCAUAAUGAAUCUUUCCUUUGUAUUUGUACAGUGGCUCAGUGAAAGAUGUUGCCCUGACUUGACAUUGUAACCAAUAAACAACUGCUUUUAACUAGGA